AUGAAAUUGUGGUUUGUUUCAGUACCAUUAAUACGUAUUGCAAAUCUGAAUGCCAAUGCAAAAUGGAUACAUGAUGGUGUUACGGUUGCUGGAGGAAAUGGAGAAGGUGGUGAAAUGAAUCAACUCCACAAUCCAUGGGAUUUAUUUGUUGAUGACGAACAAACUAUCUACAUUGCUGAGUUCAAAAAUGAUCGCAUUGUCGAAUGGAAAUGUGGCACGACGAGUGGUCGAAUUGUAGCUGGUGGAAAUGGAGGAGGAAGCCAUUCUGAUCAGUUGUGGGGUCCGACGAGUGUGAUUAUUGAUAAACAAAGAGAUAGUCUUCUUAUUAGUGAUUAUCGUAACAAAAGAGUAGUUCGAUGGCCACGUCAAAAUGGUACACAUGGAGAAACAAUCAUCUCAAAUAUUGGAUGUUGUGGCUUGACAAUGGACAAUGAUGGCUUUCUCUAUAUUGCUGAUUACGAUAAAGAUGAAGUUAGACGAUAUCAGGUCGGAGAUAAUCAAGGAACAGUCAUUGCAGGUGGACAUGGACAAGGAAAUGGCCUGAAUCAAUUGUCUAAUCCAAGAUACGUAGUUGUCGAUGGAGAUCAUUCAUUGUACGUAUCAGAUUAUAACAAUCAUCGUGUGAUGAAGUGGAUGAAAGGUGAGAAACAAGGUAUUGUUGUGGCUGGUGGUCAGGGUCACGGAAAUAGUCUAGCACAAUUAUCAAAUCCCUGUGGUAUAGUCGUGGAUCAAUCAGGUACUGUCUAUGUUGCUGACAAUGGAAAUCAUCGAAUCAUGCGUUGGUCUCCAGGAGAUACACAAGGAAGUGUCUUCGUUGGUGGAAAUGGUCCAGGAAGUCAAUCAAAUCAAUUGUCUUAUCCCGUUGGUUUGUCAUUUGAUCGAGAUGGUAAUCUCUACGUGAGUGAUCAAAAAAAUCAUCGAGUACAAAAGUUCAACAUUGAUCGAAGUUGA